GCGCUUGACUAAUAUAUACAUGUGUAUGUUCGAGUAUCAACCAAAGUAGAAACGCAGAAAAUUAAGAAACUGAAAUCUCGUGUGAUUUUUGAAUAAAAUCUGUAGUGAGUGGAAAAUCAGUUGAGAUAAAAAUCGUCGCAGAGCAGCAGCAGCAGUCAGCCCACAAAACAAUCAUGGAUAACGCCGGGAAAAAUCGUUAUGAACUUUUGUUCAUGGACGACGAUGUUAGCGAUCCAUUAGAUAAUCUUGUCGCGGCCAAGAAGAAGCAGCAGCAGUCAUCAACGGUUGCAGCAGUAGCACCGACUGCGAAAACGGCGCCAUCUGUUAAGGCACCCAAAACGUCAGCAACCAAGAAGCCAAAUCAAGCCGAAAAGGAAAACAAACCAGGUGCGCUUAAUAAGAAUGAUGGCAAAAAAACUACGAUUGGCAACAACAAUGACAAAACCAGCAACAACGGCAAGCAAGGUGGGGCUGUCGCUGCUCGUAACGCUGGCGCUGGUGGCGCUGCUGCGGCCAAAACACGUGAAACUGGUCAAGGGCAGCAGCAACAACAGCGAAAUGUCAAUUUUCGUCAGAACGGUGGUGAAGUGACUCGAGAGCAACGCAAUAAUCGCAGAAACGUGCGUGAAAAUGGUGCACCCAGUGGCAACUCUGGCGGCAGUGCUGAAGGCAAUCCUCGUCCUUAUCGCGGCACCGGAGGCGGCUUUGGUAACGGCGGUGAUCGUCAAAAUCGCCCCCCUCGCAACUUUGAGGGUGGCAAUCGUAAGCGCGAAUUUGAUCGCCAAUCAGGCUCUGACAAAACAGGGGUAAAGGCAAUUGAUAAACGUGAUGGAGCUGGCGCACACAACUGGGGAUCAGUAAAGGAAGCCAUCGAUGAUGUUAACAAAAACAAUGAAGGCGAAACGAGUGCGACAAACAAUGCAGAAGGAAAGACCGAUGAAUCUGGCAAUGAACAGCAGAACGAGCAGCAGCUACCAGCUGAAGAGGAAACCAAAGAGCUGACCUUGGAUGAAUGGAAGGCUCAGCAGCAACAGCGUAUUAAGCCCAAGUUCAACAUACGCAAGGCAGGCGAAGGAGAGGACACCUCGCAAUGGAAAAAGAUGAUUGUGCUCACUAAUAACAAAAAGAAGGAGAACGAAAGCGAAGAAGAACUCGAAUAUGAUCCUGCCAUGUAUCCGCAACGAGUUGGACGACAGCAACGCGUCCUUGAUAUUCAAUUUAAUUUCAAUGACGGACGACGCGGCGGAGGUGGCGGUUUCGGUGGUCGCGGACGUGGUGGCCCACGCCCCGGUGGACCGCGCAAUGAGGGCAAUCGUGGUCCUCAAAAUGGUCCGCAAGGUGCCGCAGGAGGUGCUCAUAGCAAUACCGAGGGCGGCGGCAACACUAUUGGCGCAGCGCAAUCCCGUCCAGAGGGUGGCAAUCGACCACCAAUUGAGCGUCGUGGUCUUGGCGGUGGUAUUGGAGGUGGCCAUGCUGGCAAACGCUUUGGCAACGAGCGGCAACAGAAUGCCGCACCCAAGGUCAACGAUGAACGUCAGUUCCCCACCCUGGCCUAAGGGAUUAAAUAAACUGCGAUUUGGAAUUGGAAGAAUUGAUGGAAAUUGGGAGGCGCUUGCUGCUGCUGAUGUUACUUGCGCCGGGCGUGCAUUCAUAUUUGGGUGUCUGUGUAUUAGUUUGAAGAAAGACAGAACGUCAGUAUAUCACACCAAUACAAAAUCACACAUCCACACCCACAACACACAAACACAUUAAAAUUGCUAAAAAAAAAAAAAAAAAAAAAAAAAUUAAUUGCGGCCGCAGCGCAGUCAAAGCCAAAAAUAACAAAAACAAAAAAUAUUUGAAAACAAUGAACACACUAAAUGCAAGUAAUAAGAGAUAUUCGCAAAAUCUAUACUUAUAAUAAAUAAUUUAAACAAACCCUAAACUGUACAACUUAAGCAAAAGCAAUUUAGAGAAAACUGAAGAGCAAAAAGAUUAAAUUUCUAAUACUUAUUGUAAAUUAAUUUGAUUUUGCCUCCCACGAUUUUGUCACGUCAAUCAAAAUAUACCACAAAAAAACCUUUCAUAUAUUCACAUUCAUACAUCUAUAGAAUACAGUCUGCUAUCCAAUCAAACUAUUAGACAUACAAGAAA